CUCCACUGAACAUAGAGCCCAUCAAAAUGUUCAAACCUCGAAAUAUCUGCUAAAAUAUAUAACCAUUCUGAGAGAAUUAUUCACACACACACACACACACACACACACACACACACACACACAGUAGUGUAGAAUGGAGAUUCUGGGCAGCUGCAUUACUGUGUUUUUAUUAUCUCUUCAGCUGGUUUCGUCCAUGAAUAACCUGACCGUUCUGCCCGGUCAGCACCCAAACCCUGAAGCUGUUGCUCAACAUGUUCACAGAAUAGUGAACACAUCACUCUCAAGAAGAGAAAUGCUAUCCUACACCACACACGAGGACUCCUCAAACUGCGUCACCGGCAACCCGAUAGACGACUGCUGGCGGUGCGACCCCAACUGGCGUCUCAACCGCCAGCGCCUAGCCGACUGCGCCAUCGGCUUCGGCCGCAACGCACUCGGCGGCAAAAACGGCCGUUACUACGUAGUGACCGACUCGUCCGACCGGGACGCGGUCAACCCAACCCCCGGCACCCUCCGCUACGCGGUCAUCCAAACCGAGCCCCUAUGGAUAGUCUUCCCCACCAACAUGCUAAUCCACCUCUCCCAAGAGCUCAUCUUCAACUCCUACAAAACCCUAGACGGCCGUGGGGCCAACGUCCACAUCACGGGGGGAGGUUGCCUAACCCUACAAUACGUCUCCAAUAUUAUAAUCCACAAUAUCCACAUCCACCAUUGCUACCAGUCGGGGGAGACUAACGUGCGGUCGAGCCCCACACACUACGGGUGGAGGACCAAAUCCGACGGUGACGGAAUCUCGAUCUUCGGCGCGCGCGAUAUUUGGAUCGACCACUGCGCGCUGUCGCACUGCAAGGAUGGAUUGAUAGAUGCUGUGAUGGGGUCCACGGCUAUCACGGUUUCCAAUAACCAUUUCUCGCAUCACAAUGAGGUCAUGUUGUUGGGGCACAGUGACGAUUACUUGCCCGAUUCGGGUAUGCAAGUGACGAUUGCUUUCAAUAUCUUCGGUCAUAAGCUUAUACAGAGGAUGCCGAGGUGUAGGAGAGGGUAUAUCCAUGUGGUGAAUAAUGAUUUCACGAGGUGGGAGAUGUAUGCGAUUGGUGGGAGUGGGAAUCCCACCAUUAAUAGCCAGGGGAAUCGGUAUAUCGCGCCCUUCGAUCGCAAUGCCAAGGAGGUGACGAAGCGUGUGGGGUCGUCGGAGGGGAAUUGGAGGGAUUGGAACUGGAGAAGUGAAGGGGAUGUAUUGGUGAAUGGAGCCUACUUUGUUGCCUCUGGAGAAGGUGUGGAGGUCAAGUAUGAAAAGGCUUACAGUACAGAGCCUAAAUCGGCUGCGUAUAUUGACCAACUUACCCUCAACGCCGGUGUCCUUGUCAGCAGGGGCAACAAUCUGGGAAAGUGGACAUCAGAAUCUGGUGGUGAUUUGGAUGAAAAUUCAGACAUGUUCGAGGAUUACGAUGAAUAUUCAGGCAGCCACAGGCUUCACUCUAAUCACUCCAUUCUCCAAACUUUUAUCACAACCUUGAUAAUCUUUUUGCUGCUUACUUUGCACCACAAUUUGAGUGUUCAAAUGUAAAAUGGAUGGGGGUAUAUGCUUACCUUAUUGCAAUUCACUAGUCAAUUUA